AUGUCGCUUAUCGACGCGGAUUCCUGCGCGUGCACUAAGGCGGAAUUGGAGUUGUUCGAAACAAAACCAACACAAACAGCGAUCACGUCCGGAAAACUCGUAGAGGUGCACCCAACAACUUCGAUUGAGAACACCGAUGUCAUUGAAUUUAAUACGCAAACCGACGAAAAAAAUUACAUCGAUCUUCGGGAAACGACCAUCUACAUCAGGGCCAAAAUUGUCAAACUGGAUGGCACCGCUCUGACAGAGAAAACAGGUGACACUGUUGACCCAAAGGCGCAAUGCUACCCGAUAAACUAUCUGGUCGGGACGAUGUUCAAACAGGCCGAAAUAUCGCUUUCCGGGACACAGAUUGGGAGCACCAGCAGCAUGUACGCUUAUCGGUCUUACCUGGAGGCGUUGCUCAGUUAUGGCAAAGACGCAAAAACCCACCAAUUGAGAGCAGGAGGAUACUUCAAAGACGUGACCGACAUGGAGACAACCGGUGCUACAAUAAGUGACAGCACAGCCACCAACAAGGGGGCGGUGAGCCGAUUCAAGAUGACGAAGUUCAGCCAAUCUUUUGAACUCCAGGGUCGGAUCCAUAAUGAGAUGUUCGAACAAGGGAAACUGCUUCUCAGCAAAGUACCACUAACCGUCAAACUAACAUUAGGAAACCCCAAAUUCAGCCUGAUGUCCGCAUCAACAGCUACCGAUUACAAGAUAAAAUUGGAAAAAGCAAUACUGAUGACAAGCGUCAAAGAAAUAGCCAGCUACGUCCGAUUAGCGCACGAGCAGCGGCUUCUCGCAGCAAACGCAAAAUACCCCGUGACAAGGAUUGAAAUGCGCUACUACCAAAAAGCAGCAGGAGGAAGCGACUUGUCCGAGGCAAACCUGUGCAAAGGAGAAACGCCGAGGCGCAUCGCUAUAGGACUGCUUGCCAGCAACGCCAUGAACGGGGCCCUGGAUGGAAACCCGUUCAACUUCAAACACUACAACGUGACAAGCAUAAAACUAACUGUCGCGGGGGCAUCUAUCCCUUACGGGGAACUAAAGGUGGAUUUUACCGCGAAAAAUGUGGUGAAUGGAUACAUGACGCUCUUUCGGGGGAGCAAGUUGUGGCCGGCCAACAAGAGCAACGACAUAUCACUAGACGACUAUGUGGAUGGAUAUGCCUUGUACGUCUUCAAUUUAGCGCCGGAUGACGCGGGAUCGAGUGCUUUCCAACUCGCAAAAAAUGGUGAUGUCGGAGUGGAAAUCAAGCUAUCCACGGCCACCACCGAAGCAGUGAAUCUCAUAGUUUUAUACGAAUACGAUUCUUUCGUGGAAAUCGAUGCCGAUCGAAACGUGUAUUACAGUCACGGCGGGGUGAAAGGAGCAGAAAAAUAA